AUAAAUAAUGAUGUGCAUCCUUCCGCCUCUCCCUGUUAUCAGUUUUUUUUUUAGAAGGCCACAAUGUUGGUGCUGGCUGGAAUCGUUGUUGUGCACAUUACCACCAUCAUCCUGCUGCUGGUGGCCACCAUUGAUAAUGCCUGGUGGAUCACUAACACGGUGUCCACUGACCUGUGGGGCAAGUGGGUGUUGACGGGCUCAGACUGGCAUUACACCAACCUGAACGACUACCCAGAGGAGUUCCUGCAGGCGGUUCAGGCCACCUCGGUGCUGGCCUGUGUUUUCGCCAUCCUGGCCUUGUUUGUGUUUGUGGCCCAGCUGUUCACCCUGCCCAAAGGCCAGAGGUUCACCUUCACCGGCGUGCUCCAGCUAAUCGCCUGCCUCUGUAUAAUGAUCGCAGCCUCAAUCUACACGGCGGAGCUUCACCCCAACGACACAGAGGGAGGGUACGGACACUCCUACGUCCUGGCCUGGAUCUCUUUUGUCCUCACCUUCCUCCUAGCAGUCACCUACCUCGUCCUGCGGAAGAAGGGCGAGUGAGAGGGAGGAGAAGAGGAACGAGGGGCGGGCCUGGGAUCAGAUUCCCUGUUUGAAUUGAGGGGGGGGGGGGGGGGGUUAAACAAUAGGAUUUUUGUUUUAAGAAUAGGUCAACAGAAAGAUUGUUGAUCGACAUUUGCAGCUAGAAAAUUGUGUGGGAAUGAUGUUCAAAUGCUAACUAGAGCCAUUUGUGUAAAAAAUAUUAUAGAUUGGAAAAGAAGCCAGGACACACGACACGAAGUGCUCGACAGUCUGACUUUAGAUUUCUCUUCGAGAGAGAAUAGGGAAAUAUUCAAAUCAUUUCAGUACUGUAACGGGGGGAUUCACAUUAUUUGAUCUACUUAUUCACUUAGAGAGCUGGAUAAGAAGAUCUACUCCGCUCAUUUCCGUUAAUGUUUAAGGAUGGCACUAGCAGACAGUUAGCUUAGCAUCAGGAUGGGAAACAAGGUUACAUGCCCAGCUUAGUCCAAACAACAGUCUCUAAACUCUCACUAUUUUGUAGUUUAGUUUUUCAAAAGGACAAUAAGUGGAUGUUUCUGGUUAAAAAACGAACAACAGGUGCUGUGUGUUAUUUUGUUACCUUUGUACAGCAGUUUCCUGUCUGUAUGCUAACAUGUUAGCUGCUCUGGUGCUUUCAGUAGCUUCCUGUUUACUGCAUCAUCAUGAGUGGAUUAAAUCUUUUCAUCAAAAUCUCAGGAAGAAAAAUAGAAACAUUUCCAAAAACGUCAAACUGUCCCUUUAAGAAUCAAACAGAGGUGAAGCGGAACGAGUCAGGCCCCUUUUAGAGAGUUAGUUUAUGUCAACGUUAGGGAAGAUUAUCAUCCAGUUUAUUCCCCUCGUGAGGCCGACAGUUUUCACUGCAGGUCUCUUAAGUCUAGGAUCUGUGAAGUUCCUCUUGAAGUUCUUGACCAAUCAGAAGAGACGAGCCUUCGUUUUCUGUACAAGUGGCUUUAAUCAUGUAUCGUUAUUUUACAACUGAAGUCUAGUGUAUCCUUUUUAUCCAUGUACAUUAUAACCAAUAUAUUUUUGUAACAUUUUGUACGGAGUGUUGUGUUGUUUUUUUUAAACCGUGUUUGAUUCUGUGUAGUCGGCUGCUAUCGUAAGAAACGUACAUGAAGCCUUCAUGUUUCAUGUCACCAUGUUUCAUAACUUUACAAUAAAAGGUUGUGUUUGUAAUUACAGUGGAAUGAAAGCCAUAUCGUUUAAUAAUAAAAACAAACUAUAUCACA